UGGCUGUCAUUCAUUGAGCAAAAAUCUCGCUCUGCAGGCUGGCUGGCUCAUCCCUCUUCCACGCACGUACAAAUUUACGCAAGGAAAAGUGCAUUCAGGAAAAGAUCAUUUUGGUGCGUGCGGUGAAAAAGUUGAACAGUUUGUGAGCCAGUUCCGUGAUUAGAGGGUUUGUGACAAGAUCUCUCCAUCUCCCAGUGGGCCAACUUUCACUUCAUUAUCGAUUUGGAUAGUGUGCAGCAGCAGAGAAAGAAGUUUUUAGUUUCGGAAAUGUCUGGAAUCUGUGGGGAAGCCUUCGUCGUCCUUGCUCCAUUGACCGCCACGGCGCAGACCGUCAUUUACGGCCGGAACGGGCUCGCCGGGCAGGGCUCCGACGUGAGCGAGGUUCACUUCUAUCCAGCAUCCGAGGCCAGUGGACCAGUGAAAUGUGACUCAGCCGAGGUGGAAGCGGCAGCGACGUUUUCUGUGAUUUUGAGCAAACCGGCCGGAGUCUGGGGCGCCGAAAGUGGUUCCAACGAGAAGGGCGUUUGCAUAGGUUUAACGUUUAGCGAGGGACAUCCCGUCGACGGAAAGCUUAACGCAACCGACCUAGUGAGAUUGGGCCUGGAGCGCGCAUCGAGCGCAGCGGAAGCCGUCGACGUGCUGACCUCGCUGUCGGCCGGUGCCGGCCCUGACGGUGAAUCGAAGGACUCUCCCAAGGCGGCGUUCGUAAUCUGUGAUGGUGCGGAGGUGUGGCUGCUCAACAUUGUGGGCUCACUUUGGGCCGCCCAAAAGGUGACUUCCAGCAGUUUGGCGCUCAAACCGGGUUUGUCGGUGGGCGCGCAAAUCGACCGCAGCUCGGAUGACUUGGGGGAGAAGCUGAAGAGCGGUGGGCUUUGGGACGGAUCGGGCGAGCUGAACUUUGGCGGUGUGUUUGGGCUGGACGCGACGCGGUCGUGGCCGGGAAGUGAGCCGGGAGCGGAGGGCUCGUACGGGUUGGCGCAGAUUUUCGAGAGUUUGCGUGCGGCCGGUGCCGAUCAGAAGGCACUGUCCAGUCACGUGUCGGUGCUUUCCGGUGGUGGCGGUUUGUCCUGCCACUGGUUCACGGCGACGCCUGAUCCGUUGGAGUCGGUGUUUAAGCCGUUUGUGUUUACGCCGGGAGCGAAGAUUUCUCCGCUGACCAAAGCGCCCGAGGGCGAAAGCCAAACGUUGCUGCACAAGUUGCAUGGGAAUCGUAAGUGGGAGGCGGUCGGUGAUUUGCUGCGAUCGCUCGAGGGCACCUGCGUGGACGAGGUUAAUCGGUUCAUUAGUGAGCACUCGGGUGAGCCUAACCAGGAGCUGGACGAACUGAUGAAGGAUUGCGUCGAGGCCGAGGUCAAGUUCUACCGUUAAAGGGUCGGCAAAACUAAACAUACCAACAGCGAAUCAGACGCUAUCUAAUAGCACCAACACACACAUAAACUGUAACCGUACUUUUACGACAUUCCUUAACUAAUAAGACUUGCUUGAUUUUUUUUUAGUAUUUUGUAUUAUUAAAUAUACCAAAUUGAUAGCGAACGAACCGUGUUGUAGGUUAACAAAGGCCACUAAAUGCAGAUCUGACUGGUGUGAGAAUGAACGAAAAAAGUACGAACGACGGAAAAUAUUCAAAAUAAUAAUUACUAUUAGCUUAGAAACGAGCAUUCUUUUGCAAACCAACUUAGCGAACAAGUAUUUUCUACACAUUGAUAAUAACGAUAUUGUAUUGCAUUUUUAUGUUGCGAGUGAGCUUACGCUGUGUUCAGGUGUAUUCCCCAAACGAAAGCAUUUGUGUUACUAUCAUAGACAAGUAGAUAUAACUCACAAUCGAGCAGAUUUCAAAGAGAUUGUUUCAUAGAUUUCCAUUGUGUACGUACGAGAUCUCAGUAAGUAACUGUGUAUUUGUCUGUCAUUAUUUAUUUAUUAAAGCUUUGCCAAACGAGAAGUUUUCUCUGUGUUUUGUUUUGUGAUUUGGCCAGUGGUCGAAAUUUCCUUGACCGUAUCCUAGAAUGGCUUCGUUCUUUAAAACACAAACUGUAGUUUUUACAAUAGAAAUUGACAAUUUAAAACGUUUUGUGCUCGCGCGCUCUCACGCAGGAGAAAUUAACUAAUUGCGUCUACAGUAAUAAUAUGCCACGUGUAUCCAUUUCUCUCUAUUGAAACAAACCAAAAAACAAUACUGGAAUUAUUCUAUCGAUGCAUGCGAAACAACAACACAAUAAAUUGAACUACAAAAAAAAA